UUUGCCCUGAAAUUCCCUGUUCCUAGUUUGACUCAGAAUGAUCCCUGACAGCUGCCACUGCCACAACAAUGGGAGACAAAGCCAGAAUGCUUCUCUGCCCCCUUCCAAGAGCUCAUUAAUCAGUUGUUAAUUAACCUGAUCCCUGCAGAAGUGUUGGGGAGGGGGCUGCGCCAUGGCUGAGCAGGAGGCAUGUGGCCAGUGGCAGUUGCCAGUGCCACGGUAACAGUUCCACGGUGGAACCCUGCGGUCACAACGCUGCGACAGCUCCCGGGGCAAUUAGGCCUCGGCAUCUGUCCUACAGGGAUCUGGGAAUGGUGGGCCACAAGAUGGAGGCCCCGAGCAGCGUGCGGGGCCCCAAGGCUGACCUGAGCCAGCGCAGCCAGGAGAUGCGUGUCCUCGUGGGCCUGCAAGGUGCUGCCUUGGGCUGCUCGGGGACAGGGGGGUCACAGCCCCCUUGUCCCACGCACUACCAUUGGCUGCCUGAUGUCCCCCAGAGCAAGGCGGGAAGAUUUUCGCUCAGUCCUGCGAGGAAAAGCUCCGGCAGAACAGGGAGCUGCUCCCCAGCCUGCAGGCAGCCUUGCAGGAGGACUCCAAUAUCCUGAAAUUUGUCCUGAAGGCUGACAGUGACCAUCUCUGUCCCUCCCCUGCCCACAGUACAACAAACUCCCCAUUAAGGAUGCUUUUGGAGAGGGCCAGGAGCUCGUUUCAGCCACUCAGAGCCUGGAGGUGGUCAUAAAGAAGAUCGAGGCCAAAAUCCAUGACCAGGUGAAGGUGUGUGACAUGCUGGUGCACCAGCUGAAGCAAUGGAGCCAAGCCAGGGACGAGCGCCAGAGGCACCUGCAGGAUCUGCAGGAUGCUGAGACAGACCCUAAGUGGCAAGAGCCUCAGUUGCAGACCAUUCGCCAGCUGGGCAAUGACAUCGAGAAGAUGCUCUUGAAAAUUCACAGUGGAGAGAUGGUGACCAACCUGUACCUGAGGCUGCAGGAGGUCCUGAGGAGGGAGCUGGUAUACCUGCCUCGAUCCCUAGACCUCCUAUCUGGGAUGACUGUGAUGUACCAUGAGGAGCUCACAGCCCGGACUACCCUCAAAGCCAACGAUGUCAUCAAGAAACUCAUGACCGAGGCAGGACCCCGGGUCCGUGUGGAGAAGCAGCUCAGGGACCAGUCCCUGGCUGAGCAGAGGAAGCACAUCGAGAGCCUCCGGCGCCAGGAGGAGAGCGAGAGGCAGCAGAGGCAGCAAGCUGUGUACAUGCUCUCUGCAGAGCAGGACCAGAGCUCCUCAGAAACGGUGAUGGGUGCUGAUGUGGAGGUCGCCAUGGCCAAGAUGCAGCGCGAGGCCUUUGUGACCGACAAGAUGGAGAAGGCAAAGACUGCCCUGCAGUGCUCCUGCCUCUGGGACAUCCCCAGCAGCAUCCAGGCACAGAGGAAAUCCCUGGGGAACCUGCAGCAGCACAUCGAUGAGUGCAACGAGAGGAAGAACAUGCUGAAGAAGACGCUGCAGAAGCUGGAGUCGAAGCAGGCUAAACUGAAGUUUAACCAGCCUGUCAGCACCAACAGGAAACAGGAGGAGGAGCUGAGGGACAACCUGAAGCAGGAAGAGGCCCGUCUGGAGCAGAUGCGAGCCCAGAUGCUCAACAACCAGAAGCGCCUGAUCGAGUUUGAGAACAUCAUUGACAACAUGUUCCUCCACCUGCAGGGCAUCUCCAUCCCUGGCAAGGAGGACUCUGGUGCAGUGCUGGGGCUGGAGGAGAAGCUGCAGCACUGUGAGCAGAAGCUGCAGUUCCUGAAGGAGAAGGUGGCAGCCCGGCCCGAGGACAGCACCGAUGAACGCAGUGAGACUUUUACCAAGGUCAGGAACAUUCUGGAGGAAAGAACUGCAGGAGAAACACAGAACCUGAGGAUUUCCUUUGAGGAUGAAGAUGCUAUGGAAGAUGACACCUUGGAUUUUGAGGACGAAGACCAUGACUACAUCCCCAGCCGGGAGGACAUCAAGAAGCAGGGGCAGCAGCUGAUCCGCAUGAACACCAGACGCCGCAAGAAGAAGUAGUGGUUUCUCCAUGUGAGCUUUGAAGGCCUCAGGCCACCCCUUGUACCCUUUUCCCAGCAGGAGCACCUUGGGCUGAGUUUUCUCAGUCUGCUUUUCCCAGCAGGUUUAAUAAAUCAGAUUUUCUUCAUUCCUCUCA